AUUGUCGCUGCUGAUUGGCUGGAGCGGCCGAGGGAGGAAAAUGGCUGCGAAUUCCUCGGUAGUCUCGGUGGCAGCGGCCGCCACGGCGGUGCCGGGAGUGUCCACUAUCGCAGAUUUCUCAGACUUGCGGGAAAUUAAAAAGCAGCUACUGCUCAUCGCGGGCCUCACUCGGGAGAGGGGCCUGCUGCACAGCAGCAAAUGGUCCGCGGAGUUAGCCUUCUCUCUGCCGGCCUUGCCUUUGUCCGAGCUGCAGCCGCCACCGCCUCUUACAGAGGAGGACGCACAGGACGUGGAUGCUUACACCCUGGCCAAGGCCUACUUUGAUGUGAAAGAGUAUGACCGGGCAGCACAUUUCCUUCAUGGCUGCAAUAGCAAGAAAGCCUAUUUCCUGUACAUGUAUUCCAGAUACCUGUCUGGAGAGAAGAAGAAGGAUGACGAAACAGUUGAUAGCCUAGGACCCCUAGAAAAAGGACAAGUCAAAAAUGAGGCUCUCAGAGAACUGAGAGUGGAACUCAGCAGGAAGCACCAAGCUCGGGGACUUGAUGGGUUCGGCCUUUACCUGUAUGGGGUGGUGCUUCGGAAGCUGGACUUAGUGAAAGAGGCCAUUGAUGUGUUUGUGGAGGCUACUCAUGUUUUGCCUUUGCAUUGGGGAGCCUGGCUGGAGCUGUGUAACCUGAUCACAGACAAAGAGAUGCUGAAGUUCCUGUCUUUGCCGGACACCUGGAUGAAAGAGUUCUUCUUGGCUCAUAUAUACACAGAAUUGCAGCUGAUAGAGGAGGCCCUGCAGAAGUAUCAGCAUCUCAUUGAUGUGGGCUUUGCCAAGAGCUCAUACAUUGUUUCCCAAAUUGCAGUUGCUUAUCACAAUAUCAGAGAUAUCGACAAAGCCCUUUCUAUUUUCAAUGAGCUGAGGAAACAAGAUCCUUACAGGAUUGAAAACAUGGACACAUUCUCCAAUCUCCUCUAUGUCAGGAGCAUGAAGUCUGAAUUGAGUUACUUGGCGCAUAACCUCUGUGAAAUUGAUAAAUACCGAGUAGAAACAUGCUGCGUAAUUGGCAAUUAUUACAGCUUACGCUCCCAGCAUGAGAAAGCAGCUUUAUAUUUCCAGAGAGCCCUAAAGUUGAAUCCUAGGUACCUUGGGGCCUGGACACUGAUGGGGCAUGAAUACAUGGAAAUGAAAAACACGUCUGCAGCUAUUCAGGCUUACCGACAUGCCAUUGAGGUCAACAAGAGAGACUACAGAGCUUGGUAUGGCCUUGGGCAGACCUAUGAAAUCCUUAAAAUGCCAUUUUAUUGCCUUUAUUAUUAUAGACGGGCCCACCAGCUUCGUCCCAAUGAUUCUCGCAUGCUGGUUGCCUUAGGAGAAUGUUAUGAGAAACUCAAUCAACUAGUGGAAGCCAAAAAGUGUUACUGGAGAGCGUAUGCUGUGGGAGACGUGGAGAAAAUGGCUCUGGUAAAGCUGGCCAAGCUCCAUGAACAGCUGACUGAGUCAGAGCAGGCUGCCCAGUGUUACAUCAAAUACAUCCAAGAUAUCUAUUCCUGUGGGGAAACGGUAGAGCACUUGGAGGAGAGCACGGCCUUCCGCUACCUGGCCCAGUACUAUUUUAAGUGCAAACUGUGGGAUGAAGCUUCAACUUGUGCCCAAAAAUGUUGUGCAUUCAAUGAUACCCGGGAAGAAGGUAAGGCCUUGCUCCGCCAGAUUCUCCAGCUGAGGAACCAAGGGGAGACACCCACAUCUGACACGCCUGGUACCUUUUUCCUCCCUGCCUCACUGUCUGCAAACAACACUCCCACACGCAGAGUUUCUCCACUCAACCUGUCUUCAGUCACACCAUAGUCGACUACUCACGUCAGCACACUGCUAGACCAAUAUUAAACCUUACCUCCAGUAAAGAACAGCCACGUCUGUUCUCCCAAGGACCUAAGCUCUUCUCAUUUCUUAGACAGAAACAGCCUGAGGGACAGCCUAUGGAACCACCUUCAGAGGCAGGCAGAAAUAUGGUGGGGUCAGAUACUGUCUUUUGCCAGCCAGCAAUGCUCCCUUCUAUUCAGAGUGGCAGGUCUUGGUCUUCCUAGCCUCUCUACUCCCUCCACAGAAGCAAGGUUCCAGUGCUGCUGAGUGGGUAACAAGGAAGGAAAGGGCAAAGCUUAUUAUCCCAGGGAGCUCAGCUUUGAAUAAUGAGUUUGUUUUCUUUUUAAAGACAGAGUUUCUCUGUAGCUUAGCCUGGGGCCUUUCUGCCUCACCCUCUCCAAUGAUAGCACUACAGGAGAAUGCCACCAGCCCUGGCUAGAAUGACCUUUAUUUUACUGAGAGUGUACUGUUCUGAUGUCAGAGAUUAGGUUUAAAUAGAGUGGAGCUAUCCAUAUGAUCUUGUGGAGUUUUCAAAAGCCUUCUAAAACCUCUCAAGUGAGAGUCAGUGAGCAUGAACUGUGGCUCACAUGAGGGCCAGAUGGCCACAUGGCCAUGCUAACUAUACAUACCUGAUGAGAGCAACACAAGGAGAUAACUUCAUGGACAUUUUCGAAAGGAGUUUUUUUACUUCAGAUAUUAAAAUUUAUGCUGGUAUCUUUUAGUAAGUGCUUGAUGUAAUUUUUUUUUUUUUUUAAGUCUCCAACUUGGUUUUCAACCUUAUAUACAAGGUUGAAGGAAUCAUCCUGUGUUUUUUUAGAAUUCAGAUACCCUUGAUGUCUGCUACAAUGAGCUUGUGCAGUAGGUGCUAUAGAUCAUUGUGUGUUUAGGAUCUAGCCUUCCUUCUCUUGUACUCAGAACAUUUUAUGCCCCUUUUAAUGGAAGGAACAUUAACUGGGUGCCGUGCAAUGGUGUAUGUCUUUAAUUCCAGCAUUUGGAGACAGGCAGGUGGAUGUUUUGACAUAGCAGCUUCCUGGCUAGACAGCUACCCAAGCCCUUUGGGUAUCUAUCAACAUUAUAUUAGUGUGCAUUAGGCUGGUUCCCACUGCUGUUCCUGUCCAGGUGUCUAACAGGCCAGAUGGUAUUUAUAUCAAUUUUCUGUCCCCCUUUUUAUAUUUUUCUAAAUUUGGAAUCCAAAUAAAAGCAUAAACAAUG